UCGAGAGCAGCAUUAUCAUUGAAGCAAAGUACGAGCGUCAAAUAUUAUGUUAUUCGGUUCAUCGGCAUAUAAAUAGUUCAUCAUGUUCUUAGAUUGUUAAGACAACAUUACCAUCAGAUAGAGUGUUACCACGUUUGCGAGCAAAGCAAGACUCCAGCAUCUAAACACAAAGCGAUUUAUCAAACUGCGAAGCAUCAGCCCAUCAUCAUGUUUUCCUGCUGCCGUUGCGUAAAUCCCAAAUCACCAAAGCAGAAGGAAAAAUCUGCUUCCGGCCGUGGGGAGAAGCUAUCGGACUCGGACGAUUCCCAUGAGGAGGAGGAAGGGCAAUCGUCGAAGCAGAAAGAGCAGACCGAGUCGAACGCGAGUGCCUGUAAAAUUUCGGCUGUGGACAACCUCUCACAGGAUGAUGAGGAAAUCAAGAUAGAAAUAAUUGAAAACUCCGAUAAUCUACAAUCGUUCUCGGGCUGCUCAGCGGCAACGACGGCCGUGCUGAACGGUUCAUCGCCUGAGCCAAAAGACGCGGAUAAGCAAGUGUCCGAUACGCAGCGGGAGAUUUCAACACCGGUGGACCAAGCCGACCCGUGCAACGACACGGCCGAUGCUGACGAAGGCAACCGAUCGAAUUCGGUUGAUAUCGAUGCAAAAGUUGCAGAAGACACAGCUGCUGUGGAGGAAAGUGCUCCGGUCGGUGGUACGACGACCGGAUCAACUUCAUCGUCACCGCCCAGCAAAACGCUUUCCAGCCAAACGGAAAAGGGCCAAACGGAUCAAUCGGGCCAGUCAUCGGGAGUGGUUACCGAGAUCGAAACGAAACUUCCCCACGAGUCCACCGAUGCCGAUUCGACCGGGGAUGCGACCAACACCCCACAAGAAAUACCAACCACUGUUGGUGAGUUGGCGGACCUGCAGCAGCAGCAGCAGCAGCAGCAGGUGUCGCAUGGUAUGGGCGAGGAGGAAAAAGGUCAACUGCAGAACAACGAUGUAGGCGAAGAUGCUGCUACUACUACUGCUGCUGCUGAGAGCAAAAAUCUAAUCGUACCCGAACCCAAAUCGCCUAAUCAUGUACCAUCGCGGAAAAACUCGGGUGAGCUUUCUGCCGCUUCGCUCGACGGUGACAAGGAUUUAUCGUCGCCUGUGGUUGAGCUUACUGGCGAGGAGCAACCGAAGCAACAGGAGCAGCAACUGCCACCAGAUGAUGAUCUUGAUGGAAAACGAGCUUUAACUGAAGAACCGUCGGUUGAGAGCGAAACGGUUGUUGUGCAGGAAGAAAAGCAAUUACAACAGGAAGAGAAUAUCAGCGCCGAUCAGCAAUCGCCAGAUAACGGCCAGAUCAAUGAGGCCAGCUCUACAUCCAACACUGCCAAUGUUCCUCCAGAAGUGGAACCAUCUACCAGCUCUUUACGACCAUCGUCACCGCCAGCCUCCGACGAAGUGGCUGAGCUUGAUGACGCGAAUCAACAUUUAUCAUCCGUAGCAUCUAAGAUGGAACGCCUUAAAAGUGAACCAAGCAAUAGCGAAGAAACAAUUGAAGAGACAAUCGAUGUGCAGCGUUUCCUACCCCGUCAGGUUGAUGAUAGCAAGAGUGAUGACGAUAAUAAUCCGCUCAGUAGCUCUAGCGAUGGAGGUAGCGUCGCUGCUGCUGUUCCCGCUCCCGUCUCCAGCGACGUCUGCAAUGAACGACAGGCUAGUGAUGCUAAAGAUGCACAGCGCGACUUGUCGAGUGGAGUGGUGAACAAAACCGUUGAGCUACCGGAAGAAGACGGCGGUGAAACGGUAUCGGUGACUCCGUCGCCACCGGAAGCGGAGCCCAUCGUGUCGCCGGAUAAUGAAAACAACAAUGAUCAGGUUUCAAAAAAUUCAAGCGAAGAGCGCGAAUCAAACAACGACGAUACAUCGACGCUGUCCGAGUCGGUCCCGAAUACUGCCACCACCAACGGUGGCAGUCCUUCCGGCAUCGAGGGUGACAACAGCAGCAGCCGCAAGGAGUCGGUCAACAGCGACGAUACCACGAUACGGACGCAGGUUUCCUUCCGCGAAAGUUGCCUCUCGCGCCGAUCCUCAUCGAAGUCGUCGAUCAAGAAGAAGGUAGCCUAUAACGAUAGCACGGAGGUGAUACCGCCACCCGAGUAUCCGCCACCGGACGACGAUGAUUCGGUGUUUUCGGACUCGGUGCCACCGAAAUUGCCACGCGGCGACAUGUGCACGCCGUACGCCACCAAGCGGGGCUCACUGCCGGGCAUGAUAGCGCUGCCGGAUUGGUUUGCCGAGGAUCGAUUGAUGAUGGAGGAGGGUGGCAUUAUGGAGCCACCCACUACGCCCAUAGGACGCGAUGAGCUGGCAUUACGCAGGCAUCGGUUUUUCUCGGAACUGCUCAAUGCUGCCCAUGCUGCCGUGGAGCAUCGUGUUCGCUUUGAUCCGCUGGGACCAGAAAUUGCCAAGGUUCCGACGGAGGAGGAAUCGGAGGAUUGCGAUCCAGACCUCAAACCUUCGUCAGCGCGUGAGCUAGAGGGCUUAAUCGAUCGGCUGGAACGCAUCGUAGAUCGGCUUGAACGUACCGUGUCCGCGCGAGAGUUGGAAGAAACGCGACGCAUUCUGAGAGACGCGUGUGUUGUCGGAAAGGCAGUGAUCGGCUCCAACACCGGUACGAACACGGAAUAUCGGAAUAUUGGCACGCACAAGAGCACCGAUCAGUGUGACGAUUUGCCGACGGUUCUGCCUUCGACGCCGCCCCCAUCGGCAUCGUACUUGCAUCAACAAGUGGACAGUUUGGAGAGCAGCCUGUUUCCCGCGUUUGCCAAUCAACCGGCAAAGGAGCGCCAGCAGCGUGGCCUAAGCACUGUAAUACAAUCCCAACCACCUGAUAUAUUAAACUAUACUAAUCCAUUGACCACCCAAGAGCAAGGCACCGCAGUAUUAUCAUUCUCCUCGCAGCAGCAACAGCAACAACACGGCACCGUAGCGAAACAAGCGAGCGGCACGAUGAGCAUUAACGCUUACGAGGAUAUUAUGCUUGGCUCGUUCGCCAACUUUAUUGCGCUUUCGGGUAAGAUCGGAGGCGAUGUGGCUACCCAGGCCCAGUUUGUGAAGGAAGCGUUUGAUGCGCAGUUUGCGUUUCUGAAGGUGGCAGCCGCAUCGAGCGCUCCGUCCAAUACGGAUUUACAGAAUUUGCUGAAACCUACCUCGGAUAAGAUUUCUACGAUCCAAAGCUUCCGCGAAAAGAAUCGCACCUCGCCGUUCUUUAACCAUCUGUCCGCGAUUAGCGAAAGUAUUCCGGCGCUCGGAUGGGUCUGUGUGGCACCAACGCCCGGCCCGUACGUGAAGGAGAUGAACGACGCCGGCCAGUUCUACACGAACCGCGUGCUGAAGGACUGGAAAGAGAAGGACAGCACGCACGUCGAGUGGGCUCGUGCAUGGAUUCAAACGCUGACGGAACUGCAGCAGUACAUUAAGCAGCACCACACGACGGGAUUGGUAUGGUCUGGCAAGGACAAACCCACCGUUGGUGGAGCAGCAGUUCCACCACCCCCACCGCCCGGUGGUCUACCGCCACCACCGCCAAUGAUGCCGCUGGGAGACCUUUCGGCCGGUGGUGGUGCUGGGGACGACCGGAGCGCUCUGUUCGCGCAGAUCAAUCAGGGCGCUGACAUUACGAAGGGCUUGAAGAAGGUAACGGCGGACAUGCAAACACACAAAAACCCUGGCCUGCGAUCGGGUCCGGCCCCUUACAAGGCACCGGCCGGCGUGACCAACGGUACGAAAUCGGUAGCACCGCCAGCGGUCGCCAAGCCGCCGACGUUUACGCGCGAUGGCAAGAAGUGGCUGAUCGAGUAUCAGAAGAACAAUCCCGAUCUCGUGGUCGAUAACGCCGAGAUGAACAACGUAGUGUACAUGUUCCGCUGCGAGGGUUCGACGCUGCAGAUCAAGGGCAAGAUCAACAGCGUCGUGAUGGAUUCGUGCAAGAAGUGUUCGCUCGUGUUCGACUCGCUCGUGGCGUCCGCUGAGUUCGUCAACUGCCAGAGCGUGCAGAUGCAGGUUCUCGGCAAGGUACCAACGAUUUCCAUUGACAAGACUGAUGGCUGCCAGAUGUACCUUUCGGCAGACUCGCUGGACGUUGAGAUUGUCAGCUCGAAGUCGUCCGAAAUGAACGUGAUGAUUCCGAAGGGCAGCAGUGGAGACUAUACCGAACAACCGAUUCCGGAGCAAUUCAAAACCAUAGUGAAGGGCAGCGCGCUUAACACUACCUGUGUGGAAAGUCUCGGUUAAAGCCCCAAACUCCUCCCCCCCCAAUCAAACCCAUCCCUGGUGCGUAACCGCAUUGGCGAUGGUUGAUGAUGGAUGGUGGUGGGUCGUGGUUUUUGCUGUGAGGUUUUGUGCGUGAAACUUGUUUUCUAAUUUUUAUUGCAAGAGUGAUGAACCUUUUUCCCCCGGCUGUCUCUUUUUUCACCAAGCUGGGAGAACGAAACGGCAUUAAAUGGUAAUUGGAAACAGUAUGUAGCAAGUACGUCAAGCAAACGGCGAACAAAAAAGUGUAUCCCAAUCAUCUAAACAUUUUAAACCGUACAGUGUGAGUGCGUACAGUAGUAGUAGUAAUAGUAGGAUGGACGCAUGGACGGCGCCACCGUGAAUCCUGUCCAACCGUUUUACCUAAUCAUGCAACUCAACGUGCACCAAUCGGCACACAUUUUUACUGACCGGAACGAAUGGAUGCUGCUUUUUGAGAACUCUUACCGCGUGUGAUCCCCCCCCCCCUCCCCCCUGUCUUAGCAUAUUUCUUCUCCUCCCUUUUCUAAGUCAAGAGGCCACCUCAAUCACAAUCAUGCUUUACGCAGGGCCACCUUCCCCGUUUCCUGUUUGUUUGGAUUUCUUUUAAAUAUCGCGACGAAACGAAAGUGUGUAAAAAUUAAAUUGCUUCCUUUUUAUUAUCUAGAGUUAAUUGAAUCAAAAUUUGAGAGAUGCAUUUCACCAAAUUUACAUCAUACAGGCAUGAAUGAAACCACAUUCUCUCACCUGCUAAUGAAUUAAUCACGAUAGUCUGAUCAAAACCGAACAAUACACAAUACACACACAAACAUAAAUCAUUCGAGGAACUAUGAUGUCCAUCGUUCAUACAAGUUAUUGGAACCCAGCAAAGUCAACAUAAAUAAAGAAGAAAUGUAGCUAUUCAAGGCUAAAGGAAAAGAAAAA